UUGGAAAUUGGAUGUAAAUGUUGCACCUCCCGGAUCCACAUGCAUGAUCAUACAUACAGGCUAACUAGUGGGUAAUGUAUUCCACAUGAAGUGUUGCGUGAAAACCUUCCUAGCUGGUAUGUAUGCCACCAUGGCCACGGGGUAUCGCGCAUGCAUGAACUUUAUUGUAACUUCCUGCUUACAUCUGUUGUGUUAUUUGGCCUAUACAUUCAUGCACAUGACCCCAUCAUACCGCACAAGUUACAUGUUGUGCACUGGCACGUACGAUAUGGGGCCGAUGGGUACCCCCCCCCACGCCCUGGAUAUGUACUGCGAGGCUUUCAUAGCGUACCUGUGAACUUCUGCUCGUUAAUGCGCAUGCUCAGUUCUGCAGCCUUGUAUAGCGGUGCUACAAGGCUAGGAGUAGGAAGACCUAUGGAUUCGGCCGUCUCACUUCUGGCUGCAUAUGUUUGUCCCUAAUUUCCUGAGCAGUUAACCACAUUCACUGCACCUAGCAACAAGAUGACAAUCUUCAAAAGCAAGUUUCCUGACGUCAGCUUUCCCAACAUGGCUGUUGAUGAAUUUAUCAUGGAGCCCUUUGAUCACUAUGGAGACCAAGUUGCCAUGGUCGAUGGCAUUACGGGGCAUAUGUACACUUACAAGCAGAUCAAACUUCUGGUCAGAAAGGUUCGAUUCAGCUUGCAUUCCAAGGGCUUCAAGGCAGACGACGUGUUUGCAAUCUACAGCCCCAAUUGUCUGGAGUACGUAGUAGUCUUGCUGGGCGUCAUGAAUGCUGGUGGGGUUGUGACUACCAUGAACCCAAAGUACACUGUAGGUACGUUACCANGAAAAAUUGCUCCACCUCUGUUGCAUUUUGCUCAGUGUUACCAGAAAUCACCUCUGAUUUCAAGAAGUAAGAUGCAUAGAUUUUUUUAGGGGGGCCAUUUUUUUCUUACAAAGGAGGUUGUUGUUUUUGGCGAGCACCCGGGAUGUACCCCCUACCUGUCACUUCUCAACAAUGAUGGGAAGAGUCUUCCAAGGCCAAAGGUCAACCCUGAUGACACAGUCCUGCUUCCAUACUCCAGUGGGACCACAGGACAGCCCAAAGGUGUCAUGCUGACUCACCGGAAUAUCAUCAGUAACAUGUUCCAGCGAACCAGCAAGCACAUCCUCGAGGUCUACCCAGAUGAUUGUACAUUGGCCCUGCUUCCUUUCUUUCACGUCUAUGGCUUGAACUACUGCCUGCUACAGUUCCUUUGGUUGGGGAUAAGGAUCGUUAGCCUUCCAUACUUCCAACCAGAAUCUUUCUUGCGGAGCAUACAGGACUACAAGGUCACUUUGCUUUCGCUGGUGCCUCCUCUCAUGUUGUUCCUGGCUAAGUCGCCCUUGGUGGACAAGUACGACCUGUCAUCAGUACGUCAAAUAACAGCAGGUGCUGCUCCACUCAGCCAAGAAAUAAUGGAGACGAUUGCUAACAGGCUUAACUUGAAAUCCCUCAUACAAGGAUAUGGUCUAACAGAGGUAUCUUGUGCCAUUUCCGUAACACCCUACAAUGUCAUCAACUAUGGAUCGGUGGGGUUGCUUCUGCCAAACGCUGAGAUGAAGGUCAUUGAUGUCACUUCAGGGAAACCUCUUGGCCCAGGUCAAGACGGGGAAAUUUGGUUGAGAGGACCACAGACCAUGAAAGGAUACCUCAAGAACCCAGAAGCCACGGCACAGAGCAUCGACAAAGAUGGCUUCUUGCACACAGGUGAUAUUGGUCAUAUCGACGAAGAUGGCUUUUUGUGGAUUGCAGAUCGACUCAAAGAACUCAUCAAAUACAAGGCAUUCCAAGUUCCCCCAGCAGAGUUGGAGGCCUUACUCCUUACACAUCCUCAGAUUCUGGAUGCUGGGGUGAUAGGGGUGCCUGACCAAGCAGCUGGCGAGCUGCCCCGGGCGUUUGUGGUCCGCAAGACAGAGAGCCUGACCCCUGAGAUGGUCCAGGACUUUGUGGCAGAGAAGGCUGCCCCACACAAGUGGCUUCGUGGGGGGGUUGUCUUCAUAGAUCAGAUCCCCAAGUCGGCUAGUGGCAAGAUCCUCCGAAGAGAAUUAAGGAAACGACUUCAAUCCUCACUCUGAUUCACAAGGUGAACACCCUCUGACUGGUAACACUGCAAAGUUAUGAAUUGACAGGAAAGGCUCACAUUUACUCAGCAAUUCAGUGAAGUGAUUUGUAAGGGCUUUCCCACAGGAAAUCAAUGAUUUUAUCCAGAAAAAAAGAAAAAAAAACCUAACAUAUAUUAAAAGUGCUUGAGGAUUGUUUUGUCACCAACUUUUCUACUAAAAUUCAAUUUAAAACUUUCUUCUGUUUGUAUUUUAAUGCAUUAUAUAAUACAACCCUCUAUCCCAAAAUGAGUAUAUCGCUUCAAAUUGUUUUGGCGUCAUUUUCAUAAGAGGCCACUUGUAAAAUACAGUAUUCCUUUUCGGGAUAAU